AUGCUUGGCUCCCACCUCCUCGUGCUGCUGGCUGCCGCUGCCAGCGCCUCACCUCUGCGUGCCCGCUCCGACUACCAAGUCAAGGAACACUUCCACGCCCCUCGCAGUUGGUCGCGCAUCGGACGCGCCCCCUCGGAGCAUGUCAUCAACCUCCAGAUCGGUCUGAGGCAGUCCCGCUUCUCUGAGCUCGAGAGGCACCUCUACGAAGUCUCGGACCCCAGACAUGAGCGCUAUGGCCAGCAUCUGACCGCGGAUGAGGUCAACGAGCUCGUCGCGCCCUCUGACGACACUCUAGACCUCGUUCACGAGUGGCUUGAGGACAACGGCAUCGCCAAAAGCCACCUGGAAUACAGCCCUGCAAAGGACUGGAUCAAGGUCUCACUUCCUGUUGACCAGGCCGAGGCUCUUCUGGACACCGAGUAUUCGGUUUACCGGCACGAGACUGGCGGCCAUAUUGUGCGCACUCCUGCCUGGUCCCUCCCUCGCCAUCUCCACGACCACGUCGAGACCAUCCAGCCCACCAACUCGUUCUUCCGCUCCGCGCCCCGAAGAAGCAACGUCAGGCCCAUCGUCGAGGACGUGAAGCAGCCGCUUGCUCGCCAGAAGUUCGUCAGCAGCCAGGCUCCUUUGGACGCCGACGUGUCUGCCAUCUGCAACACGACCUUCGUGACUCCGCACUGCCUGCGUUCCUACUACGGCACCUUGGACUAUGUCCCACAGGUUCCUGGCAAGAACAAAAUCGGACUUACCAACUAUCUGGACGAGACCAGCAAGCGGACCGACGUCAAGCUUUUCCUGCAGCAGUUCCGCCCGGAUGCCGUCUCUGCCGCCGACAACUUUACCAUCGAAGUCAUCAACGACGGCGACAACACUCAGACCCCCAACACGCCCGAACAGAAUGAUGCCGGUAAGAACAUGGAGGGGAACCUUGACGCCGAGACCAUCCUGGGCAUUGGUUAUCCUACCCCUCUCAUUGCCUACAACACCGGCGGCUCGCCUCCCUUCCAGCCUGAUGCCAACACCGAGACCAACUCCAACGAGCCUUACCUCGAUUGGGUGCAGCACGUCCUCGGCCAGUCAGACGUGCCUCAGGUAAUCUCCACCAGCUACGGAGAUGACGAGCAAACGGUCCCCCCUUCGUAUGCCUACACCGUCUGCAACAUGUUCGCCCAGCUUGGCGCUCGUGGUGUCUCUCUCCUCUUCGCCUCGGGCGAUGCGGGCGUUGGCGACGAGGGCGCUUGCAUCAGCAACAACGGUACCAAUGCUACCACAUUCCUCCCGUCGUUCCCCGACGGCUGUCCUUAUGUGACGUCCGUCGGCGCCACUACAGGCUUCUCGCCCGAGAGGGCGGCCUACGACGUCCUCGGCUCCGGCAGUGUCUUCACAUCCGGCGGUGGAUUCAGCAACUACUUUUCUCAGCCCUCCUACCAAGCCGAGGCUGUUCAGAACUACUCGGCAGCGUACCUUGCUGAUGGUAUUUAUGCCGGCCUGUACAACGCCUCCGGUCGCGCGUACCCGGACAUUGCAGCCCAGGGUCAGAAGUUUGUUGUUACUUGGGAGGGCAGCAACAUCCGUCUCGACGGCACGUCAGCAUCGACUCCUCUCGCGUCUGCCAUCAUUUCGCUCGUCAAUGACGCUCUCAUCGCCGCUGGCAAGAAGCCGCUCGGCUUCUUGAACCCCUGGCUCUAUCAGGGCGGCUGGAAGGCUUUCAAUGAUAUUACCAACGGCAGCGCGGCCGGCUGUGGUGUUGACGGCUUCGUGGCUGCAGAGGGCUGGGAUCCGGUCACCGGCUUCGGCACUCCCAACUUCCCUGCCAUUCUAAAGAGCCUGGGUCUGUGA